AUGCCCGAGGAAAUCACCUCACACGAUGUUGACUUCUCAAAGUAUUGUGUACUGCAGAGUAAUGAUCAACCACCGCGUGAGUUUAAGGUGACGCGUGAGGUGGCCAUGAUGUCUGGCCUGUUGAAAGACAUGCUGGACGACCAGGAAGGCACAGAGGCGAUCAUCCCGAUCCCAAACGUGUCGGGUCACACACUCAGUCUGGUUAUUGAGUACAUGGAGCACCAUCACAAGAACCGAGCCGAUCCCAUCGACAAGCCGCUGAAGUCAAAAAUAGACACGAUCAUCUCGCAGUGGGACAACACGUUUUUAUACACGCACCUGGUGAAAGACCACGACGAGAAGCAGCACGAGGUGCUUAUUGACGUCAUCAUGGCUGCGAACUUUCUCAACGUAAAAGAUCUGCUGGAUCUUACUUGCGCGUGUGUCGCCAGCAUGAUCCGUGGGAAGUCGGCAGAGCAAAUACGCGCACUCUUCAACAUUGAGAGUGACUUCACAGCAGAGGAGGAAGAAAAAAUACGUGAAGAAAACAGAUGGUGUGAAGAAGCGUAG